CCCUGCUAAUUGGAUGCACACAGGAGAGGGGUAUUUGUUAACUGGGUGACAGCUGUGCUUCCAGCAGGGAGUGACUCUAGUUCUGCACCAUUUGUCUGUUCUUGGGGAGAAGAAGGAGUUAAUCCAUUAGGGGAGCAUUAGGCUGGGAAGGAGGAGGAUGAUGGUCAGUUCUGUAGCAGGGAGGAUCAGCUGUGCACUCACACACACGCCCAGGCUGGGGCUCUCCGAGCUCCCGACGACGUGGAUGGUUGUACUUACCCAAAGUUCUACUACUUACUCCUCUGCCACAAGCAUCUCACCGACCAUGCAAUAGUGGUUCCAAGCAAAGAAUGAAAAGAUGGACCUGUUGCCACACAUUGCAGUCAGUGAGCCCAGCAUCGCAGAGAGAUCUUCUUCUCCUGAAUCCAAGGACCUGGUCACAAGCAGAACUGAGAGCACCUUGUACAGCAGUUCCAGAAGCGAGUCACUUUGGACAACUGUCCCAAGAAGUGCCUGGGAUAUCUACCAGAAACCCAUUAUCAUUAUGUCCAUUGGUGGCUCCAUCUUCCUCUUGGGAAUCAUCCUGACCACCAUCUAUUUUAUGAGCUAUGAUGGUAAGAAGUUUUCCAGUCGCAAUGACACUUCACCCAACCCAAACGCUCCCAUCUCCAAGAUCUUUGGACCUGUAGCUUUUUCCAUAGGACUGAUGGUUUUGAUCUUUGGGUUGGUCUGGGUUCCAAUCAUUAAGAAGAAGAGAAAACGGUCAGCAUCACGUCUCUUUGGGUACAAGCAGACAUCAUUCUUCCAUUUCUCAAUGUAACACUAAUGGAUGGUGGUGGAAAUGAUCUCAGUGUCAACAUCUGGACCUUCAAAGGGUUGGAGACUGGUGGAACACAUUGUGUCAUUAUUGGCCAGAGCAUUAAUUUCUACCCUAAAUAGCUAUGAACAUGUUGCAAAACAAACAAACUCAGGUUGAUGACAUCAGGAUUGUGUUGUCAUUAAACAGUCACCCUAUAGGAGCAAAGCAAGAACAAUAAACUGGCAUGAAUGAGAAUGUUAUCUAUGGUCACUGCUUGCCCUUCCCACAAGCGCAAAGUGAUACUUUAUUUAUUGAAUAGAGGCAGCCAAUAGAGGGAUUUUAUUGUCUAUGUAUUCUGAUCAAUUAUGAACAGAUAUAUAUUUAAGUUUGGUGUUACUUGUACAGUACUGAUAAAAGGAUAUCUGAAACUUGCAGUAAAUAGCUUGUGCACUGUGUGUGUGUUUGUGUGUGUGUGUGUGUGUGGGAAUGACAGCUCCUAUAUGUAUAAAUACAAAUAUACAUAGAAGGAAUGUUCUGGGCACUCAGUAAGCUAUACCCUCAUACUGUACUGUCUAAGGGAGACAAUAUGGCACAUCCUACCCAUGUAUAAAUAAUACAUAUAUAACAUCCUCAGUUGCUGCCUGCCAACUGACCAAUCACAAUACAGUAUGCAACAUCACAUGACUGAGUGCCAUCUAGUUGCUGUGGCAUACCAUUUGUUAGAGAUGCUGCCCUCCCCCCAGUAGUAUAAGGAAUUAUGGGACUCCAUGCUAUGUGACCCCAGUAUUUUUUCCAUGGGCUGGUGUUGUUACCUAACAUUUUGGCAUCAACCAGUUAAAUAAGACUUUACAUGUCCUUGAAAAAACUUUUCAACAAAUUUCAACAAAUGAGGAUUCUGUAAGAUGCCAUAGACCAUGGGUCCCUUUUUUAUCUGUGAGCCACAUUCAAAUGUAAAAAGAUUUGGGAAGCAACACAAGCGGGUGCCAAAUAAGGGCUGUGAUUGGAUAUUUGUCAGCCCUUAUGUGGAAUGAUAGUCUACAAGAGGCUCUGUUUGGCAGUACACCUUGGUUUUCUGCAACUAAAACUUGCAUCCAAGCCAAAAAGAAAAAUAAGCACCUCCUUUGAUGCCACUGGGAGCAACAUCCAAGGGGUUGGUGAGCAACAUGUUGCUUCCGAUCCACUGGUUGGGAAUCACUGCCAUUGACAGUCACUAUAUAUAUCAGGCUAGUGGGGACUGUUUGGGCCUCUGUGUUUUCAAAACACGGGCCUGCCCUGAUGAUGGUCUUCAGGGCAGACACUAUAACUGUGGGAUAGAGUAUAGUAAAGCAAGAGGCUGUUGAGGGAAGGCACUAUAACUGCGCCAGGGCCAGAACUAGGGGUAGGCAGAAGAGGCACAUGCCUAGGGUGCAGUGGAGGGGGGGGGAGCUGGUGCAUUCCCCUUCAGCUUGCCUACCCUAUGUUCCGUUCCUUCUAUAACUCUUCACCAGCCCAUGGCUUCAGUACUUUGGCACACUUCUUCCCCUACCUGCUUGUCACCACUCCCACCCACUCCUCUCCCGACUUGGGCGCAGUAAGUGCUUGACCCGGCACUGAAUGCGGCACAGUGUGUGUAGUAAGGUAGUGUCAUGGGAAGGUAUUGUUAACUGUGAAAUAUAGUGAUGGGCAAAUCUGUCCCAUUUCGAUUCGCAGAGAAAUUUGCAAAACUGGAAAAAUUUGUGAAAUGCAUUGAAGUCAAUGGGUGUCAAAAUUAUUUUGACAUGAGACAAUU